AUGAGUGAAAAUGAGCAGAAAAUGAAAACGAAAGAAAUAAGUAGAAAUAUGAUGGAUUCUGAUCAGAAAGCAGUGGAUUCAACAACAGCUCCAGGAAAAUCGAUUUCUACUGGAAUUCUUAUGGGACUGGACAAGGCAUUUCAGAAUAAGGAUCUGUCCGGAAUUACUGAACAACAAUAUCAAUACUACAAUCGACGUUGUGAGGAACAAAAGCAGCAGCGUCGUCAACAUUUACAACAUCGGCGAAUUAAUGAUUUUACUGGCUCAUUAGAAGACGAACUGUCAGCUGCAGUAAUCGGAAUAGGCGACAGUGAAACAAUUCUUCAGGCGAUAGAAUCAGUGAUCGAAUAUCCAUUUGCCGUAUAUGACAGCGGUCCAUCGACUUUUAAUUCCCCAAAACAAUCAAUAAUGGAAUUAAAACAAGGUUUCAAGGUGAAUGAUUUAAGAAGGAUUAGUCAGGAAACGACGAGUCAACUGAAUUUGUACAAAUGCUCAUAUUUUUCGGAUGUGAAGUUAUCACUCGAAUCUCGACCACUAGCUGAUGAAUUACGCGAGUGUGGAAUAAUAAAUAGGGUGGAACCACCAUCUAUGCCACGAUCAGAUUUUUUACCAGAUCGAAUUUUUAAAGUGGUUUUUUUGGGCGAUUCGGCUGUUGGUAAGACUUGUUUCCUGAGUCGGUUUUGUCACAAUCGAUUCAAACUUCUUUUUAAUGCCACUAUAGGAGUUGACUUUACUGUUAAAACAAUCCGUCUGUGUAACCGUGUUGUUGCUGUACAAUUAUGGGAUACUGCUGGACAAGAAAGAUUUCGAAGUAUAACAGAACAAUAUUUUCGAAAAGCGGAUGGUGUCAUAUUAAUGUAUGAUGUAACCUCAGAGCGGUCAUUUUUAAAUGUUAGAAAUUGGAUUAAUUCAAUGAAAGCUGGUGUAGACGAAAGUUGUGUAAUGUGUCUGGUCGGGAACAAGAUUGACUUAUUUGCGAAUGAUCAGGCCAGAGUGCUUACUUAUAAAUAUGGCAAGAAGCUUGCUGAGGAAUUUGGUAUGUUGUUUUUUGAAACGAGUGCUUUUAAUGGUUUUGGUAUCAACGAUUGCAUGAGGGCUGUCGCCAUGAAGUUGCAAGAGCGUGAGGAUCAGCAAAUGGUGGAUAUACUGAAACUUGAUAUGAGCUUGCAAAAGAAACAGAAAAGCUGGUGUUGUAUUUAG